AUGCAAAAAGUUUCAGACAAAAAAUCAGCUAUACGUAAAGGAAGACUCUCUUGUCCGGGUCUUUCUCCACGUAAACCUGUUAGAAACCAAGCUCCGCCAAUUAUAAUUCCUAUUUCAAGAACUACUCAAGGAAUAUCAACGCCAUAUCAUAAAGUAUCUCGAAUUGGUCUUUCUGAAGUUCCCGACUUCAUUGUUCCUCCUCAAUUUCAUCCAUUAACACCUCAUGCUCAAAUUGUCUAUGAUUUGCCACCACUAAUUCAGCGCGCCUUUCAUUUUAUGGAUUACAGUAUGUGUUUUCACCGAGAUCCAUUCGAAGCAGAUGAGCCAAGUGAAUAUUCCUACGAAGAUUUUCAAAAAAAGACAGACACUCUAAAUUCCAUACUUAAAAUAGUCACUGACCCGGUUUCUCGCCAUGGGCUAUCUCCUGAUGUUUUUAGGAUGCUUUUUGAGAUGGUUUUAAAACAUAUUAUUCAUCCGCUUCCAAAAGUCUCCAAAGAAGCCGAAUUUUCAGAAUACACGAUAACAUAUUAUAUCAAGCACUGGGAACACAUUGUUAUCGUUCAUCAAAUCCUCAGAGCGAUGAUGUUUGAUCAUAGUCAUUUUUCUCCACUUCUUUCGAAGCAAUUCUCGAAGAAACUUGUUGACUGCCUUGAAACACCCCUCCGUUCAGAGCAGCAACAGUUCGAAGAAACGAUUAAAAUCAUCAUCGAAAAUUACGUUGGACAAAGGCAGCAUCUACUUAAGCACAUGAUUUCCAAGCUUAUCAACUACAUAGAGAACAUCAUUGACUACACAAGUAUCGGUUCUAUCCUUAGAUUACUCGUAUCUUACUUUUUGUCACUCGAAACUCCAUUUAGUACGAACAACCAUAAGAUUUUCCGAAAUUUACUCUUCCCUCUCAUAUCAACUUACGAUUCUUCAAAUUUUGAGAAGCCAAUUCAGGAUUUGGAGCUGAUUUUCGCAUCACAGGACCCUGAAAACGCAUUCUGGUGCCUCCAGUACCUAUUUAAUCACCGGCCAAAGACAUCUGUCAAAAAAGAAAUUUUAUUUUAUAAUUUAUUGACGAGUUUACUUCCAUUUUUACCUGAUACUCUGUUCCUUAAUACAGCUCCUAUAGUUGUUAAGCUACUCAGUCGAUGUAUUUCAUCGUCAAACGUUUCUGUUUGUUUAUUUGCGAUUAUGUUCUGCGACAAUCAGGAUUUGAUCAAUACUUUUAAGCCUGUUCCCGAACUUGUUGUUAAAUACUUGCUGCCGGCUACAAAAGAGACUCUGACAAGUCGUGAUGACGAUAUCAAAGAUUAUGGAACGAGUUUAUUGAAUAAACUCACUCCCUUUGAUCACCAGAAAACUAAGAAUACUGAAAAUAAUGAAUAUUUGAUGAAAAAAUGGAUGCAAAUUGCAAAUCUUGCUCAAUUAGUUGAAACUGAAGAAAAACUCUUCAUAUCUUCAAUGCGUUCGAUUUAUGAUAACUAA